CGCUCCCAUCGGCCAAUGUACAGCCAUGUACAACUUUCCAGGUGCCAGUGAGGGGACCAUCACCAUGCAGGAGGGGGAGGUGUUGUCUGUAGUGGAGGAGGAUAAAGGUGACGGCUGGACCAGGGUCCGCAGGGCCAACGGGAACGAGGGCUACAUCCCAACAUCCUACGUCAGCAUCAGCAUCAGCAAGUGACCCGACACCCAUCCCACCCACACGAGGCCUGAGGGAACGGCCAAUCAUCACUGAUGAUGAUUCCAAAAUACUGUGGCAGCUCUCUCAUGGGACCAAUCAGAAAGAGAAAAAAAGCACUGUGGGCAGGACCAUCUGGGUGUCCGUAAGGAGACUACUAGGGCCAAUCGAGUCACUUUGAUUUCCUCACAGAWACGCACCCAUGAUUUCUUUCCCCUGCUGGCCAGAGAAGAUGCAGUCAAUUGUGCUUUUGGCUCCUCCUGGCUUGCAUGKCUGUACCAGGUCACUAUACUUACCACAAGCCACACAUUUUCAUCGUAGUUCUCCUUGAUAUUAUCACAGUGCGUUUGUGGUUGUGGUUUAGUAGUGGAUAUCAUAGCAGGACUGAUGAUAUARAUUAGAAUGAGGCACCAACCAACAUGUCCAUAUGCCCUCACCUCACUGUGGGAAGGCUUCUCCUUUUCACAGUGAGAGAAGGAUUAGAAGUGCUGUACUGGAGCAUUUGAYAUCAGGGUUGUGUUCAGUAAGGAUARAAYAUUUUGAAACYGAGUGAAACAGAGGUACUACCUGAACUUGUCCAAUGAGAACACAGUGCUACAGUGUGCCCUACUGAACAGGAGCCAGGAUUAAGAGGAYGUUUAUCUGACACAUUAGUAAGCAUAACCUGCUCUCUCUAUCACUCCCAUGCAGCCAGAAUGUAAACUGAUCACAUUCUUGCUCUUCUUCAUACUUSCACAUGGCGUUUUGGACAAGGAACAUUUGCUCAGAUAAAGGAAGGGUCUCAACACAGAUCUAUGGGCACUACAUUUCAGUAGGAAAGCCCUGUUGACAGCCACUAUUCAGAUCAGAUAUACUCACCAGUUWGCGUGACUUUAUUUYCUUGUGCUCUGAKGUAUAAAUAGAUUAGCCACCCACAAGGCCAAAGACUGACAGUAAAGCCCCCUUAGAGAGACACGCACAUACUGAUGGSAAUAAAGAAAUGUUUCAGACAAUCACAGCCGUAUCUUCACUACAGSUCAGUUUCAAGCCAUCGACAUAAAUGGCCUAUACGAGAGCKCUUUUMUAGCUCUUGAUUCUGAAUGGUAAAUAAUGAGUUGUUUGUAUUGAGAAUAUAAUUUAUUAAGUAUGUGUAAGUUGCUACAUUUAAAGUUUAAGGCAUGUUUUGGUUUAUAUCAUAGGAGUUAACUCCCAUUUGUACUUUUCCCUGCAAACACGGUGGACUGUCUGUAUCCAGAGGUGAGAGCAAUACCAAUAAAUAGUUGCAGACAGAAUAUGUGCAACGUUAAGACUAUCAUAUUUAUGUUAUAAAAUAAUAUAUUUUAGCUAUCACUACACCACUAUUGUCUUAUUAGCUUUUUAACCUGAUGAAUAAAGAUUGAGAAGUUGAGAGCAGAUGUGUAUCUUCGUGAGGUGAAUGUGUCCAUUUUGUCUGGAGUUUAAUAGACGCUCCAGUUUUGAGCCACGCGGGAAUAUUCCUAAUGUAAAAACUCACUCGUAUGUCCAGGUGCCUUUCUGGUUGAAAGCAUUGUGUAUAUACCUAACAUGCAAAUGUCUUCAGUUUUUAAGACUAAUAAAUGUAACACGCAUUUCAAAGUUCAA